AAGUUGAAUUAGUUCGUGAAAAAGAUAAACUGAUAACGAAAGACUAUCUAAAUCGAUUUCUCCCGCCCGUAGAUACUAUUGGUAGAGAUAGCAUAGAAACGACUUCAGUGUAUCAAAAUUGGCGAUAUUGCAGGAUUGCAUUCGAAAUCCAGACCAAAUUAAAGUGCAAAAAAAUUUAUAUUUCUCUAACAUCUAAUCCAGCUCCUUAUUUCACGUAUUUUAGACGUGUUGAUCCAAAUAUACAGCCCAGUGUUGUCAAUGGACACUUUUGA